AGUUUACAUCUACCGGUAUCUUUCAGCGUUGGGGCAUCUACUUGUCUGUGACGGGCGCCGAUACCCAGGACUCGAUCGCGAUCACGUUGGACGGCAAGCCGUUGGAAUGGAAGACGCGGGGGACGAAGGACCGGUCGUUCUCCGAAUACAGGAGUGCCUCGGGGGGGUUCUCGGCGGGCGACCACGUACUAGAAGUCACGGGCUACGGAUCGUUUGCUGGCCCCAUUGCUAAGCAACUGUGCAGCGUCGAAGUGUACGAGUACGGCAACGAGGACGAGUUCAAAAUGGACGACCCAGAGUACAUUGGAGCGUACCCGACGUGGGACGGCUCCAGUCACAAGACGUUCCGCCCUGACAACGAAAAGUGUUUGAUGCGCAACAUGACCUCGCCCCAGUUUUGCAACGUGUGCCAGGAAAACAUGUGGCAGCAGUUUUUGAGUCGCGUGACGUUUGUCGACGACAUUGUCGUAAACGGCAAGGACGUAGCGUUGAAGCUCAUUCCGCUGGGCCAACUUCGUCCGGUUGAGAUUCCGAACGAACGAUACUCCACCCAGUGGUUCAACAACGGCCAAGAAGUCACGACUUUCAAAGACAAGUUCACCGUAGACGUGUCGGCCGUGGCUGGUGCCUCCAAAGACUGGACGGUCAAAGUCACACUGUUCACCCCCAUGGUGCGCAAGGACUCGAAGAAAGUCAUGUCCGUCGAGCGCAACUUCACCGUGGACGCGACGUUUACACCGGCCCCUACAUCCACCACCACACCUGUCCCCACAACUACGGCUGCCACUGUCACCCCUACUACGACUACCAAGGCUCCAUCCCCUACUACAGUCCCUGUGACUACCACCCCCUCCCCUACAACGACGGCUGCCACCACCACCGCCAAACCCCCGUCGCCCGCCCCGACGACGGCAACGCUGACGCCGACCACGUCAAAGCCCCAAUGUUAG